CAGGAAGUGACAGCCGUUAUUGACGGAGGAGGUGUGGUCAGUUAAGUCAGUGUGAUAAAGGUGCUGCUUCUGUUGUGGAAGUUGAGCUGGGAUACAAGGAUCAUCUGACGCAGAGGUCAAAAUGUCUCUCAGUCUGGUUGCUUACUGUGGACUCAUCUUGGCAUGUCUCCUGAGCCUCUCACAACAGGCUGAGGCAUGGCAGAGAGAAGGUCCUCCUCAAGGAACCGACUGCACACAGAUUAAGGCUCUGUCACCGCAAGCAUCCAGUGGGGUUUAUGUAAUCCAGCCGCCCGGCGCCAAGACCCAGUUAAAGGUGUUCUGUGAGAUGCGUCCAGAUGGAGGUUGGAUGGUGCUUCAGAGGCGCAGCGGAGGAGCAGUUUCCUUCAACCAAGAGUGGGCAGCAUAUAGAAAUGGUUUUGGAAACUUGACAGAGGACCACUGGCUCGGCCUGAGGAAGGUUUUCUCCGUGACCAGGAACAAGUCCAAGAAGUGGACCCUCCGGGUGGACCUGUGGGACCACGAGGAGGGCGCCGUCUUCGCCGAGUACAAAAAGUUUAGGCUGGGAAGUGAGAAAGCAGCUUUCAAACUGCAUGUCGGAAAAUACAAAGGAAACGCAGGCGACGCCAUCCGUGGCGCCUAUGCGGGCAUUGACCAGAAUGGCUCCGGCUUCAGCACUAUUGACCGUGACAACGACGGCUGCGACCCGUGCAUCUUCGGCGACAUUGCCGAAAGGGAAUGCACCUCCUCUCAGGGCGGCGGUUGGUGGUACAGUCGCUGUGGUUCGGCCAGCCUGAAUGGUGACUGGCACCCUUCUGGAAAUCACAUCGGUUGGUCAUCCGGCCUUCACUGGCACACCUGGAAAAGCCCCGCGCCAUACUCGGCCAAGGCCAGCAGAAUGAUGAUCAAGUCUGCGUGAUUUUAGACGCCCAUUUUUAAGACAAGCCUCUUAUCUUUUUUACAUGCACUACUGCUUUCUCUAAAUAUGGUGGUGUUCCUGUUUGUUUCACACUUCACGGGUGCCUUUGCAGAUUGUCUAUUCUUUCCAAGUAUCUGCAUGUCAACUCCUUAUUAACAUGUAAGAUGGGAAUUUAGCCACCAAUAAUGUUGAUAAUUGAUCUCCUGCUAGUGAUAGAGGGGGAUUCAUUUCGGAACUUAAAGGGAUAUGAAAGACAUGGCAAGUGAUGCAACUAAUCUUGUUUACAGGCAUCCCUGUUACAAACUCACAAUUCUUUGUUACAUAAAUUACUCCUCUGAAGUUUGAACAAGCAGUUAAUGCUUGGGGCUCGUGCUCAGUUAUAAUUUUUUUUUGCUUUUGUGUUUUGUUAUUUUCAGUACAGAGUGAAUUAAGAUUUUGAUUAAUUUAAUUUAAUGCAACAAAGUCCACAUAAAGGACACAGUUUGUAAAGACUUUUCAUGAGUGCUAACAAUUCACUAAGUGUAUUUCUUCCAUUAUAAUAAUAAACAAUAAUCUCUGUAUUAAUAUGGUCAUUAAAGGCUGUUUAGUCAACAAA